ACAGGAAAAAAAAAACGGUACUCUUGGCUUUGCUGCUAAUCGAGGAGCAGCAGUAGAAAAAAAACCAGUUUGUUUCGCGACACGACUCAGGCUCAAACCCCGAUCGGGCGACGACUUUUUCCCUGGAGUCAGUAAAAUUUCAAUUUUUCUACACUUUCAAUUUAGUCGGAAAGGUUGAGAAGUUUGUUCUCGGUUUCGGAUUUUCCAAUUUUGGACCAGUGAAAUUUGUGCAAUUCUCGCGUUUUCAACUCGGGAGGGUGGGUUUCGGAAUAAGAAUCAUUGCAUAUCGAUCCGACCGUGUUCCGGAAAGGGAUGACUGGUGGAGUGAAUCUUGGGGUAAACGGGCUAGUGUGAGGGAACUUGCAAUCUGGGAAAAGUGAAUGGGUUCCGCAAGAGCGCUCUUUGUUGGAUUUCUUCUGGCAGAUCGGUGCAUGUUUCAGUAAUAUAGCUUGCUGCUGAAUCAUCGGCGUUGGUGGUGAUCCAGUUCCGGAACGGUGUGGAUUAAUGCUCCGGUAGAAGGGACUCGCUCUAGGGAAAGGAUCCAUGCCCAGGUCCAAUCAAUAACGGUGCAGUGAGAGAGAAAAAGGAAGUAAAGAAAAAGCUUAAGUGCACCCCCUUCUGCUGAAUAUUUUUCGGUCAUUUCGUGGGGAGUUUCGAAGAAAAAUUAUCACACUAGGAUAGCAAGCUGCCAUACGUUUCCUGUUUUAAGUCACGGGAAAAAAUAACAGGAGUAUGGCCACAACCGGUGGAACCAGAAACGGAACCACUAAGACGGAUGGUGUCAAUGGACCCCGGGUUGUGACGAUUCACAAAACCGAAACCGGCUUCGGGUUCAACGUCCGGGGCCAGGUUAGCGAGGGUGGCCAGCUGCGAUCUAUCAAUGGGGAGCUUUAUGCCCCGCUGCAGCACGUCAGUGCCGUCCUGGACAACGGAGCUGCCGAACUGGCCGGAAUCAAAAAGGGCGAUCGCAUCUUGGAAGUAAAUCAUGUCAACGUGGAAGGCGCCACCCACAAGCAGGUGGUGGAUCUCAUCAAAUCCGGCGGAGAUACCCUGACGCUAACCGUGAUAUCAGUGACGCAACAGGAAGCAGAACGCCUUGAACCGACGGAAGACCCGGGCGGGUACUCGUACAUCGACUACUCGGAGAAACGCAGCUUGCCGAUCAGCAUACCGGACUACAACAUCAUCCAUCGGGGCAGCGAACGGUUCGUGGUCUUCAACAUACACAUGGCCGGCCGACAGCUUUGUUCCCGAAGGUACCGGGAGUUCUCCAAUCUGCACCAAUUGCUCAAGAAAGAGUUCACCGGUUUUAACUUCCCGAAACUGCCCGGAAAAUGGCCCUUCCAGCUGAGCGAGCAGCAGCUGGACGCUCGACGGCGCGGCCUGGAACAGUACCUGGAAAAAGUUUGUGCUGUUAGAGUUAUUGCCGAGAGUGACGCGGUGCAGGAAUUUCUCACGGACUCGGAAGACGACGUGGCCGCCUCUCCGGUCGAUAUCAAAAUCAUGCUCCCGGAUCAUAACGUGGUGACGGUAUCGGUGCGGAAAUCGGCCAACGCCCAGCUGGUUUGGGAACAGUUAGUACAACGAGCGAAUUUGACCUCAUACACACAGCAAUACUUUUACCUGUUCGAGAUUGUCGAGUAUAACUUUGAGCGGAAGUUGCAACCGCACGAGAUUCCCCAUCAACUGUACGUGCAGAACUACAGUACGGCCUCCAGCACCUGCCUGUGCGUUCGCCGGUGGCUGUUUUCAAUCGAGCGCGAGAUGACACUGCCCAACGGAGAACAGGCUGCCAAGUUCAUAUUCUAUCAGGCCAUCGAUGAGGUGAACCGAGGAAACAUCCGGGCCGAUGGACGUCUUUACGAAUUGAAAGCUCUACAGGACUCAAAGAAGGCGGACGAAUAUCUGGCACUGGCGCGGACCCUGCCCGGUUACGGGGAUAUCGUGUUCCCGCACUGUGCCUGCGACAGCCGCAAGGAAGGUCACGUGUUGCCGGCCGUUGGGAUGAAAAGUUUUCGAUUGCACGCUUGCCGCGAGGACGGGGUGCUGGAAUCGCAAACGGUGGAACUGCAGUGGGCCACCAUUUCCCGGUGGGAGAGUGACGAGGAAUCGAUGGCGUUCUGUUUUCAGUACAGCCGAUCGGACAAACCACCCCGAUGGGUGAAGGUGUUUACGCCCUAUCACGCUUUUCUAGCCGAUUGUUUCGACCGGAUAAUGGAGGAACGUUCCUGGGACGAUACGGGAGAAUAAUUAGAGCCGAGCGAAGUAACGCUUUCCGAUUUGGGUUAAUUAGGAAACAAAAUAUCAGAUCUUUGUUUAUUUGAGUACAGUCCUAAGAGUAGGAGAUAUUUUUUUCUUGUAAUGAUGAUACAUUAGCAACUGCUACAGAUUAGAACAAAUACGUGUGCAGGACGCUAAUUUUUGUUUAGAAGCAUGGUAAUAUGGUAAAAAAAAUAAUAGAAUCAGUUCCCAUACAAAAGAGCUAUCUGUAGAUUGCAUUUACGUUACAGCCAAGCUUAUCAACGUAACAACAAAUUAAUUUUGUUUUCGUUUUGAAGUGUUCAAAAUACCUGGCUCUGUGAAAAGUAUUGAAGCGAUUUCCAUUUAACUUUUACAUUAAUGUUUAUUUGUAUUGAGGUUGGCUGGACAAAUUGUUUGCAAUAAAAGAAAAAAUCAAGGAUAAAAUGUAGAACUGAACGAUCCAUCUUAAUCUAGUUACACAAAAGUUUAGAACAAUGUCAGCAACUAAUACAACAAUUUAUUCCUUCUUUUCCGUACAACUAUUUUAAGGUGAAAUAUUUACGUCCUACCAUGAAGGAAAUUGAAAUGCAUGUGAUUUUAUCAAUCAAAAUAGUAUCCAUAUUAUGAUUUAGAUUAGAUUUUACAAUUCAUGUGAUUAUUAGCUUAAGUUAUAUCGAAUAAUUUUAUAGGUUCUUUUCAAAACUUUUUUUCCUAACAUUCGUUCAUUUAUCGUACGACGUUCUCGAAGUAUCCGUCUUAGGUACUCUUGUCUCGACGUAGCACUUUUAGUAUCCCCUUUUUAUGGUGUAUCCAAAAUGUAUGACGUCUUUUUUAAAACAGCUUUAUUUCUUCUAACCAAACCACGAUUUGUUGUAGAAUUUAAAGCACUAUAAAAAUGUGCUGAACUUUCCUAAAUGAUAUUGAGCUAUCUGUUGCUAUCUACUUAAAAAUAGAACCUUUUUUUCAAUUACUGUUUUAUCCUGGCGUCUUUGACUAAAGUUGGUUGUUUUAAAAUUGAAAAAAUAACGGUUAUAGGAUAACAAUUACGUUGAAUUCCCACCGGGUGGCAGCCGUUGAGCACACUGCUUUUCUAAAGACCAACUUAUACACACAGACACUUUACAGUUUGGUAGGAUUUUUAAUCUGCUGCACUCUCGAACACAUUUGAACCUGAGAUAUAAUCACUUUAGCUAGGGAAUUGGCUACUGAAAGUUAUCCUAGUCGAUCGGUCAAGUGUAAACGUUUCUUUACUCUCUUCUACCUAUUUAACCCACUGACAUUCCAACUCACUCUAAUGUAAUGUAUUCGCUUCUACUUUCACUCUUUCUCGAACUAUCAACUUUCUUAGUUAACAGAAUCGUAGUUUUGAUGUAAAGUCCGUCGUUACAAUGACACCAUCCUGAUCGUACUUGAGUUUUCUGGACUAGAUCACAAAAGCCUAAUAGAAGGUAAAUUGAUUUCUUUACCUUAUUUAAAAAAGGAACGAUCGGUAGAAAUAUCUCAACAUUACGAACUUAAAAAAAAAACAGUCUACGAGGUUUAUUUCUCCCCACACAAAUAGACAAACAAAAUACUUUAACUGCACCGAACGGCGAAUCACUCGAUAAACUCACAACUAUAUACGAAAUCUUAAUGAUCUGUAAAUAACCGUUUUCCCGGUUGUUGGUGGCUUUAGAAAAAAAAUCCUUUUCCAGAUAUUAUCUAAUGAAAUCCCCUCCAAAAUAUUAAGAAACAGAUUUCAAUUAACGAGCUACAAUGGAAAUAAACCAAUGUUAUAAACUUUAUCAACCUUAUUUCACUAGAAGAAACUGAGGAACACAAAAACCAGUUUAUUCUACAUCCGGUAGAGAAAAACCAAUGUUAGUAGAAAUGAGAAUAUUAAAAAAUACAUUUAACAAACAAAACUAAAACAAAGAAUAACAAAAUUCAAGUCAGAUCCUUGCAAAAUUUACUAAUAUUGUUGAAGAAUCUGGUUGAAUAUUCUAUAUAUAUCGAAAUAAAAGAGAAAGUAAUUUAAGAUACAUAGAUUUAAUAACUAAUCAAGUAAAACUAAAGCAUGGUCGUACAGUUUUCUUCUUUAGAGAAUAUAUCCACCCACACUCGAAAGAAAAGCAAAUAAAGGAAAUGACUUUUUUGUGAGGAAAAUCGUUAAGAAUAAAACAGUAUAAACAAAACAAUUCAAUAAAGUUUAAUAAAACUGAAUGGAUCAUAGUUAAAGAAACUAACGAAAGAAAAAAAUCUUUAAACAACUAAACAAUUGCUGGAGUAAAACAGAACACAAGCUAAACAACACCCACUCUCAACAACACAUACCUACACAAACUCAUAGAGAACGCGAGAAAGCAAUGAAAGUACACUAUCAUCAUAAUGAUCUAUUAUUCUUAUUAUUUCCAUGGUAAACAAAACAACAAAAACAACAACAAUGUUUUGCAUCGACGAAGAUUGCGCACUGUAAGGCGAGACAGAAGAAUGAGAGACAGAGAAAGUCGGAACAAAUAAAUUAUAUCGAAGAAGCGUGCCAGGAGUAUAACGGCUUCAGUUGAAUUUGAACAA